AACCAAAGAACAUUCCGUUUGUUUCUUUGUCUUUUUUUUUUUUAUGACAAAACAAGAUUUGACAAGAGAAUUAGACGAUUACAUAAAGACAACACAACCUGAUCAAGAUUGGACACUGGAUGAAGAGAAAGGUGUCUAUGUGAUGCAUUCAAAACGACUUGUCAUGUACCAACAUCAAGAUCAAUGGAUCUGUGGUGACUAUGAUACAGUGUAUGCAUCCCGUUAUGUGUUUGACGCCACUAUACAAGCCUGGUUAGACACUGUCACGAACGAAUAUUCAGUCUAUGACGAAUCUACACAAUCGUAUAUACCACUCACGGAUGCUUAUUGGUCAGGUCAACCACAUAGCAACCAUUCUCUACGCCUGGUCAUCGAAUCCUCACCGUUUUUUAAAUCAGGCCAAGUUGCUUUGUUAGAUGAGAACGGACUCAGUAUAGGGCGUGAUCGUGCAUGGGACAAUCGACUUCGACUACCCGAGAUGAUGGUCAGUAAAUACCACGCCAAGAUCUUUUAUGAAAAAGAUACAUUCUACAUUAUUGAUCAUGGAUCCCAACAUGGCACUUUUUUGAAUGACGAUCGUUUAUCAGAACCCAAACAGAGCAGUUUACCUCAUGAAUUAAGGCACUUGGACAAGGUGCGUAUUGGAUCGACUGUAUUGCAAGCACAUGCACACACAACAGGCUGGCCCUGUCAAACAUGUAUUGCCACAACAUUGAUUGAUACAACACAUGGUAAAAAGAAAAAGCCUAAUACAUCUUUAAAAUCAGAAGAUUUAGAAACAAGUCGAAAAGAAUGGAUUAAGCAAGCAAAAAAGAUGUAUUUAGACCCACUUCCUACAACAAACUAUAUUGACCGUGCACACAUACGAAGAAAGACAACACUACCAGAAAAGUUUAUGGCUGAUAAACCUGAAUAUACCCCCUCUCGUACUCAUAUGACGACGACGACGACGACGACUACUACUGUCCAUACACCUGUAAGUGGUAUUGGCAACAAAAUGUUGCAAAAACUAGGCUGGCAAAAAGGUACUCGCCUUGGUAAAAACCAAGAUGGUAUUAUGGAACCUAUUUUAGCUAUUGGCCAAUCUACAACUCGCUUAGGUUUAGGCCACACACAAAAAAGAAAAUAAAACAAC